AUGAGCACAGAAGGACUGCCAGAGACCACGAUUUCAGUCGUAGGUGGACUUGACGGAGAGGACACACAUGCAUUCACUGGUUUUCUGCCCCCGAAGAAGGAGACAGAUACUGAAUCUUCCUCUCUUGAGACAAAGAAGGCAAAUAGUGAACCUACCUCUCCUGAGACAGAAGAGGCAGCCACUGAACCUCCCUUUCCCGAGACAGAAGAGUCUGACGCUGAACGUUCCUCUCCUGAGACAGAAGAGGCAGCCACUGAACCUCCCUUUCCCGAGACAGAAGAGUCUGACGCUGAACGUUCCUCUCCUGAGACAGAAGAGGCAGCCACUGAACCUUCCUCUCCUGAGACAGAAGAGGCAGCCACUGAACCUUCCUCUCCUGAGACAGACACACACACUGAACCUCCCUUCCCCGAGACAGAAGAGUCUGACGCUGAACGUUCCUCUCCUAAGACAGAUGAGCCGAAGUGGGCCAGGAGCCGGCCCGCCCCUGUCGCAUAUGAGGUCUCAGCCUGGGUUAGCACAAAAGAGAAGAAGCACAAGACGAAGACCAAGGUUCGAAGAACGCUAGCGUCGAAAAAUGAUUUAUAA